UGAAUUAAAAAAAAAAUGCGAGCCACUUUAAUCUACUCACUUCUUUUAACUAGUCUUCUAGCGAUCGGUGGUGCAAGAUCGCCAAUCGUUUUGGAUAGCGAAGGCACUGAAGUUGAUCCGAAGUUGGUUCGAACUUUGCUUGAUAACAAUUUUGAGAGCGGAACUUUGAACCCUUGGUACGAUGAGUCGCCUGGUUACGUCAACUGGCGAGUAGAGAAUUUAGCUUCACCUUCGGAGGCGAAUUCCACGGCACCCAAACCGGAUACAGGCACUAAAUAUGUGAGGGCGGCGCGUAAUGCAGACUUGGCGUCCGGUCUUGCAGUUCUUCGUAGCCCGAUUUUUACUGCUAGUGCUGGUGAUCGAGUUUCUUUCGAUUUCUGGAUCCGCUCUAAACGCCCAGAGGGAAACAAUCUUGAGUUGGUUUGGGUGGUAGAUCGCACCGAACAACAACUGGUCAGCCUAUCGCAGUAUUCAACCUUGUCCAAUUAUGAAUGGCGAACACAGUCCGCUGUUAUACCAGUCAAUAGUCCUACCGAAGGCGCGUUGAUAUUUUAUGGCUACUGUGGAAGCAACUUCGAAGAUGCUAUUGCCAUUGAUAAUAUUUUGGUCGAGUCUUCAACUUACACCACCCAAGCACCUGGAUCAGACUGCACAGUUUUAUCAGCGUCGUUCGGAACGUUCACGUCUCCUAAUUAUCCUUCAAGUUAUCCUGAAAACGCCAAUAUAUGCUGGUUGAUUACUGGUGCUUACAGUAUUACGCUGCAAUUUAAUAAUUUUGAAACUGAAACGGGAAAAGACACACUGAAAAUUUAUUUGGGAACAACAACGUCCUCAGAGCUUUUUGCCGAUUUAAGUGGCUCAUAUACGCCAAAUGCAAUAACCAAGUAUACUGAAUCAAUGUUGCUAGUGUUUACCAGCGAUUCAGCGAACAGCUUUACAGGAUUCAGUAUUACCUACCAAAUCGUUCGACCAACAACACUUCCUUCUUCUACUACACCCAGCACUAAAGCUACUUCAACAUACGCUCCAAUUAUCUGCGUCAGCUCAACAGAAACAGACUACCUAACGACUUAUCCGUGGGGCGUGACAACAGGAAGCCCAUCGGAACCUUCUAGCUGUGGCGGUUUAAUUAGCGGGUACAGCGGCAUCAUCGAGUCACCAAACUACCCAAACGAAUACGGAAACGGGCUUGAUUGCCGCUAUUUAGUCCAAGUACCGUGCGGCUAUCGAGUGCGAUUGUACUUCAAUUCUUUUAACACGGAAUCGGGUUACGAUUUCGUUAAUGUUCAUGACGGACCAUCCACAAGCGACUACAUUCUUCUGAGGACAUCUGGCACCACUCGUCCUUCUACCGUAUAUUCGAGCUCAAAUGAAAUUCUGUUGCGAUUCACGACGGACGGCUCCGAAACCAGAUCAGGUUGGCAAGCAACAUUCGAAUACUACUACUAAAAAACCUGACAAUAUGGUAAUCGAUGCAAGAAUGAACAAUACACAAGGAUAAUUCAA